AUGGACUUCAGCAACUUUGGGAAGAAUAUCACUUCCUUCGGGGCUUCGAUCACCCCAUUCGCCUCUCGCACUUUCCAAUACACGAAGGAGCAACUUGGCCAGGCUGAAGAUAAGACCCAACUUCCGCCUGAUUAUAUCGACUUGGAGAAGCGCGUCGAUGCCUUGAAGAUUGUGCAUCAGAAGAUGCUGGCCGUGACGUCUCAAUACUCUAACGAGGCUUACGACUACCCCCCCAAUCUGAAGGAGACUUUCCAGGAUCUUGGCCGUACCGUGAGUGAGAAGGUCAGCCUUCUUUCCUCAGCUAGCUCCCCUGCGGAAGCACAAGCCGCCUUGACAGCCCCCCCCUCUGCAAAGCCGCAGCCCAAGACCUUUAACCAUGCGAUUGCACGCGCCAGUCUGUCCAGCAGCCAAGUCCUGCACCAGCAGCACACCGGUGCCGGUGAAGACCCUCUUGCGACGGCUCUGGAGAAGUAUGCUCUCGCUCAGGAGAGUGUCGGUGAGGCUCGUCUGGCGCAAGACGCUCAGAUCCAGAGCCACUUUCUGAACAGCUGGACAACUACUCUGAACACCAACCUCAUGUUCGCCGCUCGCGCUCGCAAGAACGUCGAGAAGGCACGCCUCACACUCGAUGCGGUCAAGGCUCGUGCUCACGGCACUACUUGGAAGCUCGCCCAGGGCUCCGUACAGGGUGACCAACCCCAGUCUCAUGAGCUUAGCCCUGAGGCCCAGGAGGAGAUUGAAAAGGCCGAGGACGAAUUCGUUACACAGACCGAGGAGGCUGUUGGCGUCAUGAAGAAUGUUCUCGACACCCCCGAGCCUCUUCGCAACCUGGCAGACUUAAUCGCGGCGCAGAUUGAAUAUCACAAGAAGGCCUACGAAAUCCUAAGCGAACUGGCGCCUGUCGUGGAUGGCCUCCAGGUGGAGCAAGAGACCAGCUACCGGAAGAGUCGUGAGAAUGCCGCGUAA